CGUUCUACAGCAGACAGUGACCAGAUAAGAAAUGGAAGCGAGGAUGAUUGUAGCAAAUACCGAUUGAUAGAACCUAGAAUACAUUAAGACAUUCUUUUAAAUUCCUUAUAUUUUCUAGUAUAACGACCAGCGAAUUAAAAUAAGGCCUAUAUAUUAAAAUAUGAUAGCUCAAACUGAGAAAGGCUUCGAUUAGUUGACUAAGGUUUAGACGGCCGUCUAGAUACGGCGGUCUGAAUCACAUUUGUAGCCGCUGUACUGAUUUAUAAUUGACGUCGCUAAAAUAUCGACGUACGCAUAUAGUUUUCGACAUCUGGGCGGUCUACUGGUCGCGGUCCAACACCCGUCUUCCUCCUUGACGCAGUCCAAAUAGUGUGCUGGUUCGGAGAAUGAUCAAGAAUGAGUCAAAGGGAUACCUUGGUUCAUUUGUUUGCUGGAGGAUGUGGGGGCACAGUGGGUGCUAUUUUGACCUGUCCGCUGGAGGUGGUGAAGACCAGACUGCAGUCCUCUCAUGUCACCUUUUACGUCUCUGAGGUGCAGCUCAGCACUGUCAACGGGGCUGGUGUGGCCCGAAUGGCUCCCCCGGGGCCCCUUCACUGCCUCAAGUUGAUACUAGAGAAGGAGGGACCCCGCUCACUCUUCAGAGGUCUGGGGCCGAACCUGGUGGGCGUGGCUCCUUCCAGGGCCAUCUACUUUGCAGCCUACUCCACGGCCAAGGAGAAGCUGAACGGUGUGUUUGAGCCUGACUCCACGCAGGUCCACAUGGUUUCUGCGGGCCUAGCAGGGUUCACUGCUAUCACGGCCACCAAUCCCAUUUGGCUGAUAAAGACCCGGUUGCAGCUAGAUUCCAGGAAUCGUGGCGAGCGCCGCAUGAAUGCAUUUGAGUGCGUGCGGAAGGUUUACCAGGCGGAAGGCUGGCGCGGCUUCUACCGGGGCAUGUCCGCUUCCUAUGCGGGCAUCUCCGAGACCGUCAUCCACUUCGUCAUCUACGAGAGCAUCAAGCGAAAGCUGUUGGAGUCCAAGGCCCAGGCCAGCAUGGACCAGGACGAGGACGAGGCGGUGAAAGACGCCUCGGACUUUGUGGGCAUGAUGCUGGCCGCCGCCACCUCCAAGACGUGUGCCACCUCCAUCGCGUACCCCCACGAGGUGAUCCGCACGCGGCUACGGGAGGAGGGCAACAAGUACCGUUCUUUCUUCCAGACGUUGGUGACGGUGCCCAAGGAGGAGGGAUACCGUGCCCUGUACCGCGGCCUCACCACCCAUCUGGUCCGCCAGAUCCCCAACACUGCCAUCAUGAUGUCCACCUACGAGUUGGUGGUCUACCUGCUGCGGCGCUAGCCCCGCCCCAUUUGCAGACAGAGCGUUAAAGAAGGACGCGAGCGACUUGGCCGGGGAUGCUUUGUCUAAGACGGGGACCAAAGGAAAGCCGAUAUGGACCAGAACCUAGAUGAAAGGAGGGCUCCCCUCUACACCCAACCAACCCCCCCCCCCCCCCACCCUCCCCACUCCCAUAAGCUUACAGGCCACGCCUCCUCGGGGCGCUAUGGUCUGGAGGUGACAGAGAGAGGAUGGGGUGGGAGGAGGGACUGUUGGGUCAGCCUUUUUCUACAGGGCCUGUCAAACAGGAAAUGUCUCUGAAGGAAAGACAGAAAUCAUGUUGUGGCCUUAGGAGUUUCUAGUUUUUCUCUGUAGAAUGAACCCAAUGCUACAAUGAACCCAAGCCUGUAUCAGAGAAGACAAUCUGAAAGGGGAAUGCUUGAAAAUAAAUGGGAAUCGAUGUCAGAUGUUAAAAACUGUCAUUAAAUAAUGUUAACACUAGGCACAUUAUAGAAAUACACACAUUCUUAGAUGUUCUCCACCGGUUUAAAUAAGUGGAGGCUUUUUCACUGCUACUUAGCAUGCAGGCUUAUGUUUGAAACAAGCGUUGCAUGCUCUGUUCCAAAAACAUGAACCCGAGUUUUGCGGGUGUUUUGGCGGUUAAGGAGCGUCGAUCAAAUGGGUGUUAGGAGAGGUUCAACAGGUUUUACAUUUGGGUAUUUGCACGUUCGUUUUUCCCGAUCGUUUAGGAUCAUUGGCAAACUAGAUCAUGACAGAAUAGGCAAGCAAAUCCAAAGCUAUUGAUCGGGUAUCUAGGAAAAUAGAUUUUAUCGCACAGCUUCAAGAGUUUGGUUUCAAGCAUUCCCUUAAAGGCCCAAAUGUGUCCCUGUGGUCUGAAAUAUAUUGAGUACUUGUGUACAAGACUAGUGAUCACAACACAUGCCUCUGACACUCAACCAGUGUUUUUUAAUUUUUAAAUUGACUAUCAUGUCAGUGUUUGGUAACAUUGUAUUGUUUUUCCGAUCGGAGCACUGGGCUUCUCUGGCAUAGAUGGGUUGGGGAGGGGAGUGGUGUCUUUCCAACAGGUACCGACACUUAGGUGUGUGUGUGUGUGUGUGUGUGUGUGUGUGUGUGUGUGUGUGUGUGUGUGUGUGUGUGUGUGUGUGUGUG